CUAAUCCGAUGAAGCCAAGGUUGGGGUUUCUCUGGGAUCCCAGGACUGGUUUAGCUGCGUUUUUGCUGGGAUUAGGAGAGGAAAGGGAUGGGAAAUUCACUGGGCUGUGUUAAGGAGCCAAAAGAUUCAAUAGCUAUUCCUGGGAAGGCUCCCAUAUCUCCUAAGAAAAGAGUUCGGUUCAAAAGGAAAUGGAGGGGGAAGAAAACCCCUACUCCUGAGGUAUCUCAUGAGGAAGAACCCUUGGAAGGAACUGGAGUCAUUGAAGAGACUAAAACCCUAGGGAAGUUAACAGUGAGUCUCGGAAGAGAGGAAGGAGUGGGAGGGGUAGAGCAUCCGCCCCCAGACAUUUUACUGCCUGGCGAGGUGGCCCCCAACUCAGGGGUGGGAGAUCAGGGGAUGAUCGUGCAGGUGAAGGAGAGAUUCCAAGGGGAGAUCCAGACUGCCCACCUUUUGUUGGAGAAUGAGUCAUCAGUUGCCAGAGGGGUCUGGGAUUCCCUGGAAGAGGGGAUGACUGUCAUCGCUCACCUGCUUGAUAACCCAGCGGAAAGGAACUGUGAGAAGUCAGUGAGCCAACUGGUGAAAUUUCCGAGGACAGCAUCCUGCAGUAGCAGGGCUGUGCUGCUGCCUUUGCAAGGAGAGACUGCAGUGGAGAAAGGAGAUACUCAGCUUGGAUUUUGGAGCAGCACUUUCCCCAGGACAGACUACCCCACCGACACAGGAAAUCAAGACCUACUUUCAGAUAGCUGGAGUGUGGGAGGAGGAACCAAGGGUAUUUUAAGUGCCCCUCAGACAGGUUCCUGGAUUACAGCACGUUCUGUUCCUUCAUCACUACUGGACCAGUCGAGAGGCCACAGGCGCACAGAGCCUGCCCAUGUGGGUCGAAUGCCCCCCCAGGGCCCCAGACUGCCUACUUCUCAGAGUGAUUUAUCCAUCAGUGGCAUGACCGUGAGCAUUUUACCCUCCUCUUCUGGCUAUGGCAGCGAUGGGCUGCACUUACAUGGGAUCCAGCCUAAAGAUACAGAACCUGAGAAGAGCUCCACAUCCUUGUCAGAAGAGGAUGGCACCCUUUCUUUGGAGGCAGGCCAAACCCCAUCAUGGGGUCUGGAGGAGGUAGGUGGGCAUGUCCAAGGGAUAAUAGAACAGCUGUUUGGAUUUCUGGCCUUCCCACUUAUUAGAGUGGAGUGUGAUGAGUAGUGAGGGAUCAUGGUGCUUCUUCUCAAACUUACCCCUAUAUUGAGUACUGAGAGUUAGUGACUGCUGGGCUUGGCAAGUAGAACCUGUUUUAGGUCUGCCCCUUGAUGCUUGAAGCCGAGUCUUAUUGUCUCUGGGGAAUCUGUGAUUCCUGGUAACCAUGCAGCAUAAUUACUAAAGCUAUCUGGUGGGGUCAUCUCUCAAGGUGCGAUGCUAGGUAGUACUUACUCUCAGGCAGGUCAGUUUAUCAGCUUCCUACUACAAUAAGUUGUGGUGAAGCACAAAGGAUGAUGGGGAGGCCUAGUGAAUCUCUAAAAUGAGUGUGGGAGGGAUGAGGAAUGU